CCUGAAUUCCUGGCAUUUAGACGGCGAAGUCUUCAAAGGAGCAUCGUUGCUCUCUUCUUCUCUGCACCGUGCUGUGGGACUGGAGAGCAAUUUGCUUUACGGGAAACCACAGUUUCCCCAAACUUAGACGCGCGUGUUACAGGUAUGAUUAAUGACGUGAAACUGUAAAUAUGAGAGGAACCGCGCGACAAACACCAUCUGAUCCGUUAUUUGACUUCUGGACCAUAUGAGAUGAGCUGCACUUGGACAUCUACGCUGAGGUUAAUGGAUUUCCAUUCGGUGCUGGUGGGAUAUUAAUUUGACAAAUUCGCUGCGUCCUCAUCAGGCUAUGAUCAAUUUUGGGAAUAUCUGACAUGGCAAGGAUUGUAUCCAUCCUCGCGAAAAUGAUGCUUUUCAAAAUUUUGGCAUUAAUUCUGUUACAAGGUGUCUUGACGUCUGAUGACUCGGUCACAUCCCAGCUCAACCUCGGUGGUCUCCCAGACUCCAGCGGGGUGUUUGGCUCCGCAGGUUUACAGCUCUCUGAGGCAACAGAGCCAAAGUCCAGAUCUAAGCGCUGUACCUGUUAUUCCUACAAGGAUAAAGAGUGCGUCUACUACUGCCACUUGGAUAUCAUCUGGAUCACCACUCCCGAACGCACUGUGCCUUAUGGAAUGUCGAGCUACAGAGGGCCUCAGCGAAUCCGACGUGCUCUCGUUGGACAAGCAACUGAACAUGAGGGGGCAAAGAAUCCACGCUGCGUUUGUGCUGUGCUUGAUGCAGAUCCUCAGUGCCAUGACUUUUGCCUGUCAAGCCCUCUGCAGAGUGUGCCAAUCAGGAGUCUCCACAGAGUUCCCGGUCCUGGAUGAUGGUUUGGCCCCGCUCCACCAUCUGCUGUUUUCCUCGGGGGAAUGGACCCUUCCCUCGUCUUUGCCCCCUUUGCUCUGUGUCCGGCACCCUUGCCUCCACAGGUAGCCUACUCUUGCAUUCAAGAAAAAAAUUUUGGAGUUUGGCACCGCAGACAUUCCUCUGCAUCACAACUACUGGAGCAAGUUCCAUCAGGCCGAGAGGUUUCAAGAACUCUUCAGAAAAUUUGGUACAGAUCCCUGGAGACUAUCCCCAUUUUGUUCCCUUUUGAGCGCAGCAUGAGGAUUACUUCCAUCCUGAUAUAAUAGCCAAUGACAUUGCCUCUGCCAAGCUUGAUCAAACUCUUUGUUUUCACACCUGGUAGUUUCAAGGACUACACUUGACUCUGUUUUCUGAAAGAAUGAGAUAAGCUAACCUAACGAGACCAACAAAAACAUUUCUAUGACGACGAUGAUGUUGGAAAACAAAAAAGUGCAACAAAGAGUCUUGGAUAGUAGGAACAGGCCUUCUAUUAUGAUAUUUUGCCUUUUAAAAUGUCAAGACAUGCAAACACAUAACUGAGAAAGCUUUUGGCCACCUGUGUUAUGGGGAGUAUUAUUAAGAUGUGUUUUAUGUGACUGUUUCAGUCUGGAAAGCACUCACACCCUGACUUCACUUCUUUCAGUAAUAAUAUAUCAUUUGUCCUCUUUGCAACUGAACUAUCAAUCAUAUUCAUUGUGCUUUUACCUCACCACUAACACUGACUCUUCAGAAACUUUAUAACAGAUUUAGCUGGAGUGAACUUUAUAUUGAAUUAUCAAUUGUUGAGUCUUUUUCCAUGGAAGUCAAUUCCAUGAGGCUACGCUACUAAUAAAGUUAAAUCUAAGUGAUUGUGUUCUUUGCUUCUCGGGCCAUAUGUGGCCUCCCACUGACCAAUAGUUGAAAUCUUCCAGUUUUUCUCUGCUGUGCCUCGACUGCUCUGUCUCCCUGUACAGUUUGUCUAGCCCUAUCGCCUAGAAAUAACAUUAUACACAAUUAAUUUGAAACAAAAAAUAUUUUUUGAGGAAAACGUGAUUACAUAAUGAACUACAGCAAUAUAAUAAGGUAAUAUUUCUAAUAAAUGUAAAAUGUUGAACUUACCAGCAAAA